AUGGAUCCGCUGCAGCAGCCUGUCUCGGAGGUUCCUGCUGUCGCGGAGCCGGAGUCGCAGCCUCCUAUUGAGCCCCAGGCGCCUGAGGUCGCUCAGCCGCUACCCAUGUCGUCCGAACAGCCAUUGGAGCAUGCCCCUGCCCCUGUUACCGUGAACGUCGAAGAGCCCGCCCCAGAAGAUCCUACCACAGACUCCACUGUUGGACCAGAAGAGUCCACUACUAGUCGUGUCGCAGUUGAGCCAGGUUACGCCAGCGACUCGAAGGCUCACUAUCACUCUCGUUCAUCCGAAUUUCACCACUCUGCUCCCGAGUACAAUCCUCGGGAUACCGAUCCAGCUUCGCGCUUCACCUCCUCACCUUCCCUGACUCAGCAACCUCAACUUCACAAUGCCUCGCGUCCCGGCUCUGGAUUUUCAAGUGGACCAGAGCGACAAGCCGCACCUCAGCCUACUCUUCCAGAAGUUCCCCACCGAGGCCAGCUCUCUCAGGCCUCUCGGAAUAGUGUCGUCAUUAAGGUCGGUAUGGUCGGAGAUGCUCAGAUUGGAAAGACCAGUCUGAUGGUGAAGUACGUUGAGGGUAGUUGGGAUGAAGACUACAUCCAGACAUUGGGUGUCAACUUUAUGGAAAAGACCAUUUCAAUCCGUAACACCGAGAUUACCUUCUCCAUCUGGGAUCUUGGUGGUCAGCGCGAGUUUGUCAACAUGCUUCCAUUAGUCUGCAACGAUGCUGUCGCCAUUCUCUUCAUGUUCGAUCUCACCAGAAAGAGCACUCUUAACUCGAUUAAGGAAUGGUACCGACAGGGUCGAGGCUUCAAUAAGACCGCUAUCCCAUUCUUGGUCGGUACUAAAUACGAUCACUUUGUCAACUUCCCUCGAGAAGACCAGGAGGAAAUUUCCCUGCAGGCCAAACGCUUUGCCAAGGCAAUGAAGGCCAGUCUGAUCUUUAGCAGUACCAGCCACAGCAUCAACGUCCAAAAGAUCUUUAAGAUUGUUCUAGCAAAGGCCUUCGACCUUAAGUGCACUAUCCCCGAGAUCGAAAAUGUGGGCGAGCCCCUGCUAUUGUACAAGUCUGUUUAA